AUGCCUCAGCAAGAGGUCGCUGACUCUUCAGCCGAAGACCGCGUCGAGGUCGAUGAGGAUGAAGUGGACUCGACCUAUGGCGAUGAGGUCUCAUCCUCCAGCACGUCGUUGCGCAGCAGCAUCAUGAAGUACGAAUGGAAGAACGGACGACGAUACCACAGCUAUCGGUCUGGGACGGCGCUCAACAAUCGCCUAUUUCUCGCGCAAGUUGAACCGAAUGGGCUUCGCAUUCUCGACAUAGGCACAGGAACAGGUCUGUGGCCGAUCGACCUUGCGGACUUAUAUCCUGGCGCCACUAUUGUCGGCAACGACCUCAGUCCGAUUCAGCCGCCGUUGGUGCCUCCAAACGUCAAGUUCUUUGUCGACGAUGUCGAGCUGGAUUGGGUCGAAUCCAUAAAAUACGACUACAUCCACUGUCGGUACAUGGCGGGAUCGAUCAAAGACUGGCCACGUUUGAUCCGUCAUAUUUACGAGAACCUCAAGCCGGGAGGGUGGAUAGAGCUUCAGGAAACCGCUAACACGCUCUAUUCGGAGGAUGAUUCCCUCAAACCGGACAACCCUCUGGUGCAUCUGAUGGACCUGCUUAUCGAGGCUUGCAGCCGAAUUGGACGGACACUUGACCCAGCGCCGUCUUUUAAGGACUGGGUUAGUGAAGCGGGAUUCACUAAUGUCGAAGAACAGCGCUUCAAAUUACCCGUCGGUAGCUGGCCAAAAGACCCUCGGCUAAAGGAAAUUGGCGCCUUUCUUGCGGUCAACUUUUAUGAGGGCGUCGACGCAUUCACCGCAGUAUUGUUCAGGGAUAUCCUAGGCUGGUCGCAAGAGGAAGUGGAGGUGUUCAAUGCCCUUGUGCGGGCAGCAGCAAAGCGCAAACAUGUUCACCCUAUUUUCGACUUUGUUGUGGUCACAGGCGUAAAACCGGGGGCUUAA